AUGUGAGGAUGAAAGAUGGCGGACUCCGAAAUAUGUGUCAGGAGUAGCCGUCAAUUAUGGACCAUUCUGCUGGGAAGAUCCGCACUGAGAGAACCUACUCAGAUCGAGGCAGAGUUGGACAGAUAUUGGGAAAGACUGCUUCAAGGAUUGAGCUAUUACAAACCACCCAGCACUGCGUCUGCUGACAAACUGAAAGCUGACAAGAAUGUAGCUGCCCCCAUGAAAGAGUUUGGCCUUAGGAUUAGCAAAUUAUUGGCUCUAGAUGAACAGCAGAGUGUCCAGAUCUUACAGUCCUAUCUUCAGGAAGACUACAGAGGAACACGAGACACACUUAAGACUGUGUUUCAGGAUGAACGCCAGAGUCAGGCUUUACUUCUGAAAAUUGCCGACUAUUACUAUGAAGAGAGGGUGUGUCUGCUACGUUGUGUACUGCUCUUGCUCACAUACUUCCAGGAUGAAAGGCAUCCUUACAUGACGGAGUACGCUGCCUGCGUUGGCAAGCUGGAGAAGGACCUGGUGUCCAAAUACCGGCAGCAGUUUGAAGACCUCAUCAAAGCCGAGGCGCCAACAUGGGAGACUCAUGGAAACAUGAUGACGGAUGGCCAGGUGUGCCGCUGGUUCCGGCAGUGCUUGCGUGAGCAGACCCUGCUGCUGGAGGUGAUGUUCCUGUACUAUGCCUACUUUGAGAUGCCCUGCACCGAGCUGCUGAGCUUUGCGCGUCUCUUCAAGGAGCUGGGCUUCGGACGCCGCCAGACCAACAGGCACCUGGUGGACAAGAGCAUGGACACCCUGGUGGACCGCAUUGGGUAUUUCAGUGCCCUGAUCUUGGUUGAAGGAAUGGAUAUUGACUUCCUCCAUAAGUGUGCUCUGGAGGACCGCACAGACCAACAUCAGUUCCACAACACUCCGGAAAUCUGCAAGGAGAUGGACCAGAUGCUGCUGACGUUUGGGGACAUCCCCCACCACGGGCCGGUGCUGCUGGGCUGGGUGCUGCUGCGCCACACCCUGUCCCCCGAGGAGGGCAGCGCGGCCGUCACGCGCCUCGGCCUCAUCACGCUGCAGCUCGACGUCUUCAGCUACCUCACCAGCAUGCUGCAGGCCCUCAGCUCCACGGGCAACAAUUGUACAGCCAGCACGGCACGCAUGUGUAUCUACGGCCUCCUCUCUUUUGUCAUCACGUCGUUCGAGGAGGACACCUUGGGGAGCCAGCAGCACCUUGUGAAUGCAGUGUGUGAGGUGCUGGCUGCUCCUAGUCUGGCCGAGCUCUUCUGGGAAUCGAAGCCAAACAUGGGCCUGGGGAUGAUCCUAGACAGUGCAGUGGGCGUGUUUCCACACAAGCCUCGUCCCCUGCUGCAGCUACUGACUGCUCUACUCUCAGACAAACCCACAGCCAAAAAGGUCUACAUGUUCUUAGACAAGAUGUCCAUCUACACAGAAGUUUACAAGCACAAGCCCAAUGACGUGGACUCCAGUGAUGACGAGACCAUCUGGAGAAGAAAAGUGCCAAAGCUCAUCUACCCUUUAGGUUCUGGACAGACUAACCUGCGUAUGCCUCUGGGUGUGCUGGGCCAGGUGGCGGUGAGUCCUGAGGGCUUGGUGGUGCGCUGGGAGUACAACUACUCCUGCUGGAGCCUCUUCACCUGCGAAAUAGAGAUGCUGCUGCAUGUGGUGUCCACCGCAGAUGUGCUGGUCCACUGUGAGCGUGUGAAGCCCAUCCUGGACCUGCUCCACCAGGUGAUCAGCACCGACUGGACCGUAUCCGACUGCCUCCUCCCCCUCACCUCACGCAUCUACAUGCUGCUGCAGAGGCUGACAUCUGUUAUAACCCCCCCUGUGGACGUCAUCACGUCGUGUGUCAACUGCCUCACGGUGCUUGCUGCAAGGCAGCCAGGAAAGGUUUGGUCCAGUCUACACCAUACUGGCUUCCUGCCUUUCACGUCCUCUCCUCUUACAAAUAUGGCCCAGUGCAUCAGUGCGGAUGGAAUGCGCGCCGGUAACUAUGGCAACCUGUUGGUGCUAAUCGAGCAGCCUCGUGGAGAGUAUGCUGUGACCAUUGCCUUCCUCAAACUCGUCACUACACUUGUCAAGGGACAGCUGGGCAGUACCCAGAGCCGAGGCCUGAUCCCAUGUGUGUUACUGGUGCUAAAGGAGAUGUUGCCUACCUACCACAAGUGGCGCUACAAUACCUACGGAGUCCGAGAGAGGAUCGGAUGUCUUAUUCUGGAGCUGGUCCAUGCCAUCCUCAACCUGAGUCCAGAGGGAGAGGCCCAGGACAGUGCACCCAGCCUCCAGGCUCUCUGCAUCUACAGUCUGGCCAACACAGAAGCAGGCCAAGCGGUUAUUAACAUCAUGGCAGUCGGAGUGGACACUAUAGACAUGGUGCUCUCGGCUCAACCCAGCAGUGGGGGCAGUGAGGGUCCUGGCCAGGUGCUGAUCCAGACAGUGAAACUGGCCUUCUCUGUCACCAAUAACGUGCUCCGUCUCAAACCUGCCUCAGACACCAUGUCACCCCUGGAACAGGCCCUCACACAGCAUGGUGGCCAUGGUAACAACCUAAUAGCAGUGCUGGCCAAGUAUAUCUACCACAAGCACGACCCCGCUCUACCUCGCCUCGCCAUCCAACUCCUCAAGAGGCUUGCCUCGGUGGCCCCCAUGUCCGUGUACGCGUGCCUGGGCAGCGACGCGGCGGCCAUCCGUGACGCCUUCCUGACGCGGCUGCAGAGCCACACGGAGGACAUGCGCAUCAAGGUCAUGAUCCUGGAGUUCCUCACCGUGGCCGUGGAGACGCAGCCCGGCCUCAUCGAGCUCUUCCUCAACCUGGAGGUCAAGGACGGCAGCGAGGGCUCCAAGGAGUUUUCCCUGGGGAAGUGGAGCUGCCUGGCGGUGGUGCUGGAGCUGCUGGACUGCAGGCAGCAGGGUCAGUACUGGUGCCCCCCUCUCCUGCAGCGCUCAGCACUCGCCUUCCUGCACGCCCUCUGGACCGACCGCAGAGACAGCGCCCUGUGUGUGCUCAGGACCAGAGAAAAGUUUUGGGAAAAUUUGACAACUCCUCUGUUUGGGACACUACCUACCAACUCAGACACACCAGAGCCUUGUGUUUUGGAGUCCUGUGCCUUUGUGAUGAAAAUCAUCGGCCUGGAGGUCUACUAUGUCCACAAGGACUCACUGGAAGCCUCCCUGAAGACGGUGCUUCAACGGCUGUCGAGUCAGCGUCGCUACGAGUAUUGGUCGGAGAGCGUGCGCUCGCUGGUGUGUGGCGUGUGUGAGGAUGACAGCCUGCGCUCCCUCAACGAGACACAAACACUCAUCUCCGCCUGGAGAACACUGCUCAUCCUCUCAACCAGCCAUUCAGAUGUGAUGCAGCUGACGGAAGACUCUGUGCGGUGUAAGCUCUUCAUGGACGUGCUGGAGGGAACUAAAGCAGCUCUGCUGGUGCCUCAGUCUCUCCCCUGCCUGCGCCUGGGAUCCAUGAUGACCACACUGCUGCUCGUCCUCCUCAAACAAUGGAAAAGUGAGCUGGGCUCUGCUCCCCCUCUGCUGCCCUGCCUGUCCCUCAUGCUGGAGUCGGUGCUGCAGGCCGACUCGCGCCUCAUGGAGAGGACCAAGGCCAAGCUCUUCUCCUGCCUCCUCUCCGCCCUGCAGAUCCAGGGACUCAACGGUGGUGAGAUUUCCCAGCUGCCGCAGCUGCUGCUGUGCGUGUGCGGCACCAUUCAGGACGAGGCGCUGGCCCUGAUCGACAGCACGCGUCACAUGACCCAGGCGGCCGAGGUGCAGGAGGACUCCAUGGAAACGGACGCGCCCCGCAACCUCCAGACGGACCAGAGAGACGGGGUGUGUGUGUUGGCGCUGCACCUGUGUAAGGAGCUGUGUCUGGUGGAUGAGGACGGGGAGCAGUGGCUGCUGGUGGUGCGGAAGCUGCCGGUGCUGCCCUCGGUGCUGAGCGCGCUGGAGCUGAGCCUGCGCUCCAAGAAGAACCUCUACUUCACCGAGAGCGCCCUGCACCUGCUGCUCACGCUCGCACGCACGCCACAGGGGGCAGCAGCAGUUGCCGGAGCUGGAGUGCUGCAGAGCAUCUGCCUGCCUCUACUCAGUGUAUAUGAGGGACCAACCAAUGGAGCAACUCAGGCGUUCUCUCGGCGUGCCCAGGAUGCCCCCUGUUGGCCUGGCGUGUACCGGCUGUGUAUGUGCCUCAUGGAGUCCCUGCUCAAGACGCUCCGAUACAGCUUCAUCAACGAGGCCCUCGACUUUGUCGGCGUGCACCAGGAGCGCAUCCUACAGUGUUUGAACGCGGUGCGGACGGUGCAGUCUCUGGCGUGUCUGGACGAGGCGGACCACACGGUGGGCUUCCUGCUGCAGCUCUCCUCCUUCACCAAAGAGUGGCAGUUCCACCUGCCCCAGCUGCUCAGGGACAUACAGGUGAAUCUGUGCUACUUGUGCCAGACGUGUACAUACCUCCUCCACAGCAAGAAGAUGCUGCAGCACUACCUCCAGGCUAAGAACGGAGAAGCCCUCCCUCCAGGUCCCAUGGCCUCCAGGCCCCAGAGAGCGGCAGGGGGCCAGGCUGCCUCUUCCUCUUCCUCUUCCUCUUCCUCUUCCUCCAAGGCCGCUGAGGAGCGGGAGGAGGUGGAGCUGAAGGCCGUGCAGGUGGUGCAGUGCAGCCUGCUCAAGAUCCUCAGCAAGACCCUCAACACCCUGCAGCACUUCACACCUGACUGCUGCCAGAUACUGCUCGACCAGUGUAUGGACCUGGCCGAGUACAGGAGUCUGUUUGUGUUGAGUUUCUCCCCGGCUCUGGACUCGGACUCUGCCCCUUCCUUUGGGACCCUGCUGGCCUCCAUCAAUGUAGCACUCACCAUGCUCGGAGAGGUGGAGAAGAAGAAGGAGCCGGCAUCUGCUGUUUCCUCAGAGGACACACAAGCACUCAAGUCUCUCCUGAUGUUCACCAUGGAGAACUGUGUGUGUGUGCUGAUCUCCCAGGCCGUGCGCUGUCUGAAGGACUCCAGCGUGCCGCCCAGAGACAAGCAGAGGCUCAAGCAGGAGCUCAGCUCUGAACUGAGCACCCUCUUCUCCUCCCUCUCGCGUUUCUUCCGCCGUGGUUCCCCCUCCUCCCCGGCCAGUGGCCUGCUGCCCUCUCCCCAGACCAAGCCGGCCGCCCCGGGCCUCAAGGGUCCCGCCGAGGGCCAGGAGCCCCUGGUGCAGCUGGUACAGGCCUUCCUGCGACACAUCCAGCGCUAGUCCUGUUGACACCACAACCAACAUCAUUACAAAACCUGCACGGCAUGCUGGGUGAAGAAGACCCAACACCACACACCAUCCACCGCCUCAUAUUGAAGACCAAUAACAAAAGGACCUCACAUCCCGCCUCUCACCCCCACAGAGCUAAGCAAGUCCCUUCACCUCACCUCACCUCACCUCAGCUCAUGAGUCACACACCUCAUACAGCAUGAGUCAUGGAGCCAUUGGAGGCAUUAUUGUGUUGGGAGCUUUAGUGCUCCCUCCUGGCUGUGGAGGAACUCUAGUUUCAGGGAAUGUGGAAGGAGAGGGAUGGGAUGGGAUGGGAUGGGAUGGGUCCGUGUAGGCUGAGGUGCUUAUGGGGUUUCCUCUGGUGCCAAAGCGCAUGUGUUUUCUGUUAGAACAGUUGUGUGUGCGUGCGUUUGUGUGUGUGUGUGUGUGCAUGUGUGCGUGCAUGUAUGUUUGUGUGUUCGUAUGAGAGGAAGUGGUGCACAGACCAAGAUCACUUUUUUGGAAAAAAAAAAGCCUCAAUAUGGAAAUGUAAGGGAUUACUGUUUUCCAACGACUUACACACAGUCAAGGACACGUACUACACAACAAAAAUAUGUACAGAUAUGUAUAUCCACCUUUUGCUUCACACCAAUGUCUUGGACAUGCCUAGUUUUAUAGGCUGCAUUUUAACACCUUUACGUAUCCUUCAUGUGUAAUGACCAUUUCAACGCUUAUAACCAGUCGGGAGAGUGAAGUUGUACCAACACACCUGUCCCCAUGUACAUUGAAAGAAGAGAGGAUGGAAGGAUGCCUUGUGACAGUACUGUAUUGCUGUUUGUCUUUGAAUGUUUCUUAACAUUUUCUUGGAAGGGGUCUGCAUAGGUAUGUCAUGUAACGGCCGUUAGAAUGGCAUGACCCAUGUCAGGAACAUAAAGGAUGUUUAUGAUGCCCAAGAAGCGAAUGCCACAUUGACAACAGUCAUAAACAAUAAUAAUGUGUCAUGACUGUUCCUGAUGUCUGUCAUGUCAUUCUCAUGCACGUUACAUAAAACCCUUAUGUAAACCCCUUCAAAUAAAGUGUUACCAAGUGUUUUUCUCUUUAAUCGUUUUGCCUUUAUCACUUCUCUGAAACACAAGUACAGCCGGCCACAUUUCACUGGUGGUGGUGGUCUAACUAUACUCUUAUAUAUUUUUCUGUAUCUAUUGUGUGAAUGGGUUUGUGUGGUUGUGUGCUACCGGAAGAUGUAAUGCUGAAAGAAUGAUGACAAGCAUGAUAUUGAAGUUUGAAAAGUGGACUUCUUUUGUUACAGUAUGUUUAUACAAAAAAAUAAACAUUUUUUAUAGAGCAGA